AUGUCCAAAGCAGCCACAACCACUUACACAGUUGAACUUCCGAGCGAUGCCGAGAAUGCAUCACGAUCCACAGCAAGAGCUUCUUUCCAAGUGGACGACUCUCCCCCCUCUGAAGAUGGUCAGGCCCAAGGGCUCACCAAGUCGGUUCUUCUGAAGCUCGCCAGCGCUGCUUUCUCUUUUUUUGUGUCCGGUGUCAACGACGGUAGCAUCGGUGCCUUGAUACCACACAUCAUCCGCGACUAUGGUGUAACCACUGCCAUUGUGUCUGCCCUGUAUACAGGCAUCGUGUUGACACAGACAAGAUAUGCGGCGAGUUUCGUGGGCUGGUUAUCUGCCGCCUUGUCCAACACACAUCUCAAUCAUCGCCUUGAUCUUGGAGCUAUGAUGGUUUUAGGCGCUGCCUUCCAAGUCGUCGCCCAUGCACUGAGAGCAUGGCCCACGCCGCCGUUUGGCUUGUUCAUCACCACCUUCUGGUUUGCCAGCAUCGGACAGGCUUUCCAGGACACACAGGCAAACACCUACGUCGCCACGGAGAAGGGUCUGACUGUUCACCGCUGGCUUGGUUUUAUCCAUGCCAUGUACAUGGCAGGAUGUCUCGUUGCGCCAUUCGCUGCCUCCCCCAUCGCGUCAUCGCCUUCCGGAGACGGAUCUUCGCAGUGGUACUUGUUUUACACCGUACCUCUGGGCUUGGGUGUCGCUAACUUGGCACUGGCCAUGGUGGCAUUUCGGGAUACAUUCCGCCUUCGACCCCGUGUGCGUGCUCUUGAUCCCGGUACUGUGGCACCCGAGAAAAGCGCUUCGGCCCUCAUCAAAGAGACCCUCACGACGCGAAGCGUUUGGGUAAUCAGUCUGUUUUUCUUCUUCCAUCUCGGGGUUUGCGUCACCGCUGGUGGAUGGGUUGUGGAAUAUCUCGUGGAUGUCCGCGAUGGCGACUUGAGGCAGAUGGGAUACGUUCCAGCUGGGUUCAGCGGCGGUUGUCUCUUGGGUCGCCUCCUUCUGCCCGAUCCAACACACAAAUUCGGCGAGCGGCGGAUGAUAUUCAUAUACUGCCUGUUCUGUCUAGCGUUUCAGCUGGUAUUCUGGCUUGUUCCCAACAUCAUUGCUGCCUCGGUCGCCAUCAGCUUCUUGGGGUUCUUUCUCGGGCCAUUCUUUGCGACUGCCCUUGGGGUGGGCACGCGGCUCUUCCCUCCCGACAUCAGAUCUACAGCACUGCCCUUCCUCUUCGUCUUUGCCCAACUUGGUGGUUCUCUGUUCCCGAUCGUCACCGGCAUACUGGGCGCCCACGUUGGAGUCUCGGUAUUGCAGCCUGUCCUUGCGGGCCUGAUAUCGGCCUCGGCAAUCGUUUGGCUAUUUGUUCCUCAGCCUCAGACGAAGCGAGAGUAG